UUCUACUGCCUGAAAAAUGUGAUAAUGAUGGAUUUUCUUAUCAUUUUCCUUUUACUUUUUAUUGGAACUUCAGAGACACAGGCUGAUGUUUCUAAUGCUGUUCCUGGUACACGGUAUGACGUAACCAUCUCUUCCAUUUCUGCUACAACAUAUAGCUCACCUGUUAGUAGAACAGUGACAACAAAUGUGACAAAACCGGGGCCUCCAGUCUUCCUGGCAGGGGAAAGAGUCGGAUCUGCUGGGAUUCUUCUGUCUUGGAAUACACCACCUAAUCCAAAUGGGAGAAUUAUAUCUUACAUUGUAAAAUAUAAGGAAGUUUGUCCAUGGAUGCAGGCAACGUAUACACAAGUUAGAACAAAACCAGACAGUCUGGAAGUUCUUCUUACUAAUCUUAAUCCUGGAACAACUUAUGAAAUCAAGGUUGCUGCAGAAAACAGUGCUGGCAUUGGAGUGUUUAGUGACCCAUUUCUCUUCCAAACUGCAGAAAGUGCUCCAGGAAAAGUGGUGAAUCUCACUGUCGAGGCCUUUAACUAUUCAGCAGUAAACCUGAUUUGGUAUUUACCUCGGCAACCAAAUGGCAAAAUUACCAGCUUCAAGAUUAGUGUUAAACAUGCCAGAAGUGGGAUAGUGGUGAAGGAUGUUUCAAUCAGAGUAGAGGACAUUUUGACUGGGAAGCUGCCAGAAUGUAAUGAGAAUAAUGAAUCUUUUUUAUGGAGUACAACCAGCCCUUCGCCAACCCUGGGGAGAGUCACGCCUCCAUCUCGUACAACGUAUUCAUCUAGCACGUUGUCACGGAGUAAGAUUAGCUCUGUGUGGAAAGAGCCUAUCAGUUUUGUAGUGACACGUUUGAGACCUUAUACGACGUAUCUUUUUGAAGUUUCUGCUGUUACAACUGAAGCAGGUUAUAUUGAUAGUACGAUUGUCAGAACACCGGAAUCAGUGCCUGAGGGACCACCACGAAACUGUAUAACAAGCAACAUCACAGGGAAGGCCUUUGCAAUAUCAUGGGACCCACCAACUGUAGUAACAGGAAAAUUUAGUUACAGAGUUGAAUUAUAUGGACCAUCAGUUCCAGGUGCAGUAUUUGAUUUGCAGGUUGCAGAAGUAGAAGCCACAGAAAUAAGAAUUACUUGGAAGAAACCACGACAACCAAAUGGAAUUAUUAACCAAUAUCGAGUGAAAGUGUUAGUUUCCCAGACAAGAGUGCUUUUAGAAGAUACUCUGCUCAUUGGAAAAGAUGAGGUGCAGUAUAUAAACCCCAUGGCUCCAGAAACUGUGAGCAUAGUAGAGUCAAUGGCAGGAUUAUUUGAGGGCUCAGCAGAGAUGUCUUCUGACCUGUACUCACUUGCUUCAGUUAUAUACAACAGUCAUCCACAUAAUUACUUUCCUGUGAAGGGCAGAGCUGAAGACCAGCCUUCAACAUUUGGAACUUCAAGGAAUCAGUAUAUCACUGACAUUGCUGCUCAACAGCUGUCCUACGUUAUCAGGAGACUUGUACCUUUCACUGAGCACAUGAUUAGUGUAUCUGCUUUCACCAUCAUGGGAGAAGGACCACCAACGGUCCUCAAUGUUAGGACACUUGAGCAAGUGCCAAGCUCCAUUCAAGUUAUAAACUAUAAAAAUAUUAGUUCUUCAUCUAUUUUGUUAUAUUGGGAUCCUCCAGAAUAUCCUAAUGGAAAAAUAACUCAUUAUACAAUUUAUGCAAUGGAACUGGAUACAAACAGAGCAUUCCAGAUGACUACUAUAGAUAACAACUUUCUCAUAACAGGGUUAAAGAAAUACACAAAAUAUAAAAUGAGAGUGGCUGCCUCAACCACUGUUGGAGAAAGUUCUUUGUCCGAAGCAAAUGACAUCUUUGUGAGAACUCCAGAAGAUGAACCAGAAUCGUCACCUCAAGAUGUUGAAGUUACCGAUGUUACUGCUAGUGAAAUAAGUUUGAAGUGGUCACCACCUCAGAAACCCAAUGGGAUUAUUGUUGCCUAUGAAGUGCUCUAUAGAAAUGUAAAUACCUUAUUCAUGAAGAACACCUCAACAACAGACAUAAUUUUAGGGGCGUUAAAACCUUACACCCUCUAUAACAUUUCUGUAAGGUCGUAUACCAGAUUUGGCCAUGGUGAUCAAUUAUCUUCUAUACUUUCUGUGAGGACUUCUGAGACUGUGCCUGAUAGUGCACCAGAAAAUAUUACUUACAAAAAUAUUACCUCUGGAGAGAUUGAGCUGUCAUUUCUACCUCCAAGUAGUCCCAAUGGAAUUAUAAAAACAUAUACAAUUUAUCUAAUGAAAAGUAAUGGAAAUGAGGAAAGAGUGAUAAAUACAACUUCUUUGACUCAGAAUAUUAAAGGACUGAAGAAGUACGCACAGUAUACAAUUGAGGUGUCAGCUAGUACACUCAAAGGUGAAGGAAUUCGGAGUGCACCCAUAAGUGUGCUUACUGAAGAAGAUGCUCCUGAUUCUCCCCCACAAUACUUCUCUGUAAAACAGUUGUCUGGUGUCAUGGUGAAGUUGUCAUGGCAACCACCCCUGGAGCCAAAUGGAAUUAUCCUCUAUUACACAGUUUAUGUCUGGGACAGAUCAUCAUUAAAAACUGUUAAUGUAACUGAAACAUCAUUAGAGUUUUCAGAUUUGGACCACAAUGUUGAAUAUAAUGCUUAUGUAACAGCUAGUACCAGAUUUGGUGAUGGGGAAAAGAGAAGCAAUAUCAUCAACUUCCGAACACCCGAGGGAGCACCAAGUGAUCCUCCCAAAGAUGUUCAUUAUUCAAACCUCAGUUCUUCAUCAAUACUUCUUUUUUGGACACCUCCUUCAAAACCUAAUGGGAUUAUACAGUAUUAUUCCGUUUAUUACAGAAAUACUUCAGGUACUUUCAUUCAGAAUUUUACACUCCAUGAAGUAACCAAUGACUUUGACAAUAUGACCGUAUCUGCAAUAAUAGAUAAAUUGGCAAUAUUCAGCUACUAUACAUUUUGGCUAACUGCAAGUACUUCAGUUGGAAAUGGGAAUAAAAGCAGUGGCAUAGUUCACGUAUACACAGAUCAAGACAUACCUGAAGGAGUUGUUGGAAACCUGACUUACGAGUCCAUUUCGUCAACUGCAAUAAAUGUAAGCUGGGGCCCUCCGUCUCAACCAAAUGGUCUAGUCUUCUACUAUGUUUCUUUGAGCUCACAGCAGACUCCUCGCCACGUGAGACCACCUCUAGUUACAUAUGAGAGAAGCAUGUAUUUUGAUAAUCUGGAAAAAUAUACUGACUAUAUAUUAAAAGUCACUCCAUCAACAGAAAAGGGAUUCUCUGAUACAUAUACUGCCCAACUACACAUCAGAACCGAAGAAGAUGUCCCAGAAACUUCACCAGUAAUCAACACUUUUAAAAACCUUUCGUCUACCUCAGUUCUUUUAUCAUGGGAUCCCCCAGUAAAACCAAACGGUGCAAUAAUAAGUUAUGAUUUAACUUUACAAGGACCAAGUGAGAAUUAUUCUUUUGUUACUUCUGAUAAUUAUGUAAUACUGGAAGAGCUUUCACCAUUUACAUUAUAUAGUUUUUUUGCUGCAGCAAGAACUGUAAAAGGACUCGGUCCUUCCAGUGUUCUUUUCUUUUACACAGAUGAGUCAGUGCCUUUAGCACCUCCUCAAAAUUUGACUUUAGUCAACUACACUUCAGACCUUGUAUGGCUGAAAUGGAGUCCAAGUCCUGUUCCAGGCGGUAUUGUUAAAAUAUAUAGUUUAAAAAUUCAUGAACAUGAAACUGAUACUAUAUUUUAUAAGAAUAUUUCAGGUUUUCAAACUGAAGCCAAGCUUGUUGGACUGGAACCAGUCAGCACCUAUUCCAUCAGCAUAACUGCCUUUACUAAAGUGGGAAAUGGCAAUCAAUUUAGUAACGUAGUAAAAUUCACAACCCAAGAAUCAGUUCCAGAUGCUGUACAGAACAUAGAGUGUAUGGCAACCAGCUGGCAGUCAGCUUCAGUGAAGUGGGAUCCACCCAAAAAAGCAAACGGAAUAAUUACACAUUAUACGAUAACAGUUGGAAGGAAUGCUACAAACAUCUCUCCCCAAGAUCACAUGUACACAUUCAUGAAACUUCUUGCCAAUACCUCUUAUGCCUUUGAAAUAAGAGCUUCAACCUCAGCUGGUGAAGGUAAUGAGAUGACCUGCAACGUCAGCACGCUGCCUGAGACAGUUCCCAGUGUUCCCAUGAAUAUUGCUUUUUCUGAUGUUCAGUCAACUAGUGCAACAUUGACAUGGAUGAGACCUGACUCUAUCUUUGGCUAUUUCCAAAACUACAAGAUUACCACUCAACUUCGGGCUAAAAAAUGCAGAGAAUGGGACUCUGAAGAAUGUGUUGAACAUCAAAAAAUUCAGUACCUCUAUGAAGCUGACCUAACUGAAGAGACAGUCUAUGAAUUGAAGAAAUUUAGAUGGUAUAGAUUCCAAGUGGCUGCCAGCACCAAUGCUGGCUAUGGCAAUGCUUCAAAUUGGAUAUCUACCCAAACCCUGCCUGGUCCUCCAGAUGGUCCUCCUGAAAAUGUGCAUGUAGUAGCAACAUCACCUUUUAGCAUCAACAUCAGCUGGAGUGAACCUGCUGUCAUUACUGGACCAACCUUCUAUUUGAUAGACGUCAAAUCAGUAGACAGUGAUGAAUUUAAUAUUUCCUUAAUCAAGUCAAAUGAAGAAAAUAAAACCAUAGAAGUUAAAGAUUUGGAAAUCUUCACAAGGUAUUCCGUGGUGAUCACUGCAUUCACUGGAAACCUCAGUGCUGCAUAUGUGGAAGGAAAGUCAAGUGCUGAGAUAAUUGUUACUACUUUAGAAUCAGUCCCUAAGGAUCCACCUAACAACAUGACAUUUCAGAAGAUACCAGAUGAAGUUACAAAAUUUCAGUUAACAUUUCUUCCUCCUUCUCAACCAAAUGGAAAUAUCCAAGUAUAUCAAGCUUUGGUUUAUAGAGAAGAUGAUCCUACUGCUGUCCAGAUUCACAAUCUCAGUAUUAUCCAGAAAACUGACACGUCUGUCAUUGCAGUGUUAGAAGGACUAAAAGGUGGACAUACAUACAACAUCAGUGUUUAUGCGAUCAAUAGUGCUGGUGCAGGGCCAAAGGUUCAAAUGAGAAUAACCAUGGAUAUUAAAGCUCCAGCACGACCAAAAACCAAACCAACCCCUAUUUAUGAUGCCACAGGAAAACUUCUUGUGACUUCAACAACAAUUACAAUCAGAAUGCCCAUAUGUUACUACAAUGAUGAUCAUGGACCAAUCAAAAAUAUACAAGUGCUUGUAGCAGAAGCAGGAGCUCAGCAUGAUGGAAAUGUAACAAAGUGGUAUGAUGCAUAUUUUAAUAAACCAAGGCCAUAUUUUACAAAUGAAGGCUUUCCUAACCCCCCAUGUACAGAGGGAAAGGCAAAGUUUAGUGGCAACGAAGAAAUUUACAUCAUAGGUGCUGAUAAUGCAUGUAUGAUUCCUGGUAAUGAAGACAAAAUCUGCAAUGGACCUCUGAAACCAAAAAAGCAAUACUUAUUUAAAUUUAGAGCCACAAAUGUCAUGGGACAAUUUACUGACUCUGAUUACUCUGAUCCUGUUAAGACUUUAAGUGAAGGACUUUCAGAACGAACUGUAGAGAUUAUACUUUCAGUCACUUUGUGUAUCCUUUCCAUCAUUCUUCUUGGAACAGCUGUUUUUGCGUUUGCAAGAAUUCGACAGAAGCAGAAAGAAGGUGGGACAUAUUCUCCUCGGGAUGCAGAAAUUAUUGACACUAAAUUCAAGCUGGAUCAGCUCAUCACUGUGGCGGACUUGGAACUGAAGGACGAGAGAUUAACGCGGCCGAUAAGCAAGAAAUCCUUCCUGCAACAUGUUGAAGAGCUUUGCACAAACAACAACCUAAAGUUUCAAGAAGAAUUUUCGGAAUUACCAAAAUUUCUUCAGGAUCUAUCUUCAACUGACGCUGAUCUGCCUUGGAACAGAGCAAAAAACCGCUUUCCAAACAUAAAACCAUAUAACAAUAACAGAGUGAAGCUGAUAGCUGAUGCUAGUAUUCCAGGAUCAGAUUAUAUUAAUGCCAGCUAUGUUUCUGGCUAUUUAUGUCCAAAUGAAUUUAUUGCUACUCAAGGUCCAUUACCAGGAACAGUUGGGGACUUUUGGAGAAUGGUGUGGGAAACCAGAGCAAAAACAUUAGUAAUGCUAACACAGUGUUUUGAAAAAGGGCGGACCAGAUGUCAUCAAUAUUGGCCAGAGGACAACAAACCAGUUACUGUCUUUGGAGAUAUAGUGAUUACAAAACUAAUGGAGGAUGUUCAAAUAGACUGGACCAUCAGAGAUCUGAAAAUUGAAAGGCAUGGGGAUUGCAUGACCAUUCGACAGUGCAACUUUACUGCUUGGCCUGAGCAUGGGGUCCCUGAGAACAGCACCCCACUACUUCACUUUGUGAAGCUGGUUCGAGCAAGCAGGGCACAUGAUACCACACCCAUGAUCGUUCACUGCAGUGCUGGAGUUGGAAGAACUGGAGUUUUUAUUGCUCUGGACCACUUAACACAGCAUAUAAAUGAUCAUGAUUUUGUGGAUAUAUAUGGAUUAGUAGCUGAACUGAGAAGUGAAAGAAUGUGUAUGGUACAAAACCUGGCACAGUAUAUCUUUUUACAUCAGUGCGUUCUGGAUCUCUUAUCGAGUAAAGGAAAUAAUCAGCUCAUCUGUUUUGUUAACUAUUCAGCACUUCAGAAGAUGGACUCUCUGGAUGCCAUGGAAGGUGAUGUUGAGCUUGAAUGGGAAGAAACCACCAUGUAAAUAUUCAGACCAAAGAUUACAACUGGAAGAUACUUUCAAACCCCAGGGGCCAAAAUUAUCCCCUUAUUCUUCUGAUUUGAAAUGUACAGCCUUAAGUAAAUCUCUAUGCUGCUCUUACUAAACUUACAUUUUAUGAAUAGUCCUAGGAAAUAACUAAUUCAAAAUAGUUGUCUGUUUUGUACAGAAUAUUAUAAACUUAAAUCGUUUAAGAAGAGAUAUCCCAGAGAUUUCUGAAGCCAUUCUGUAUUUGGGGAACGAGCCAAAUAUAAAAUUAUACUUAAUGCUUCAAUGUGAAUUUUCCAUGCAUAUUGGAUUCAAUCUUGAACAAAAGUUGUAAGUGUUGAUUCAGUAGUGUUAUUUUGGCCUCCAGGGUGUUGACUUUUCUCGUGGAUGACUUCCAGGACUGUCAUAAUGAUCUGUACCUCCAUGUAAGCUCCUGUGUUUUGAAUCCUCUGUUUUAUGAGUGCUGAGAUACCAUCCCAUGAUGUCGAACAGCUGACAGUGCCCCCCUGACACUCCCCGGAUCACUUGGCCUUUAUACAACACACAGUAGCUCUUCGGAUACACUUAGGGCUAUUUCAGUUGCACUGUAAUAUUUAGCUUGAAAAAACAGAAGGGAAAAUUCAACACUGCAAUUGAUCAUAUGAAGUUGUCUGGUACUUUUCUAGCCUGUCUAUAUCUGUAUGUUUUCAGGAACAAGCUGUACCACUAUAUUGUAUGGUUAAAUGUAUCAGUAUUUGUCCACAGAUAUGUAUUCAACCUAAUAACAGUUUUGAAGGAUUUUUUCAGCAGAAAUGUAUGAAAACAGUAAUAAAAAGGUAAUGUGUCUCAAGUUUGAAAACCCAUGAUGUGCUGCUGUGGUGCCAACAGACACUUCUGAAUAGAUUACAUAAAAUGAUCUUUAUUUCAUUUCCUAAGGCUGAUUAUUGAGGAGUAUAUUUGGUGGAACUGAACACACAAAAAAUUAACUAGACCCUAGCAAAUUAGAGAUUUUUUUAAAGAAAAUAACUCACCCUCCUUUUGUUAGAUAGUAACAAUGUGCUAAGUUUUGAACUAUAUGAAAUUAUUGUCAUAGAUUUCAAUUAAGGGUCAUAAAAUAGUAUUAUUUUAUUUCUUCUAUGGUAAGAAUCAUAGUAUGUUUAUUUCUUCUGGAAUAUACAUAUAGAAAAUGUAAUGGCCAAUAAAAUUGAAUUUUAAGGAA